AUGUUUUACAGCGGCUAUAAAAGGGAGCGCAUAGUGGAGGAAGAAGUGAUUGGUGACACACGUUUGUCGAUCGACUUCUCUGCUGAUAAACUCUAUUUUGCCGAAAUCACCUCCGCAAAGAUCUAUCGCGUUGAUUUCGAUGGGCGAAAUAAAGAGAUUGUCCUCCCUGGAACAGAGAACCGCACAACGCUUCUUCGACGUCCAUACGCCUUGGCUAUCGUUGAUGAUCAGCUUGCCUACAGUAAUAUCGGGUCGUAUGUCCCGAAAUUAGAGCUCGUAAUUGCUGAUAAAAUCGAUGGUCUUGGUGAGCGACUAAUUGUCGAGACGUCCACUCCAGUGCAAAGUAUAACCGUUUCAACGGCCAACGCUCAU